UCGGAUAACGCCUAUCUGUAAACUUUUAGUUCCCUCUCAGUUAGUUGUUGACGUACACUCCGCAAAGUGAUUAAGAAUCGUUACGAUGAGUCAGACUUUUUAUUAUUCGUCCAGCCAUCCUUGCAUCUGGGCUCUUAUUCACCACCUGCCUCUUUAAUAACUGGCGCAAUCGCGUACUCCCAGAGUAAGGUCUACAACUUGUAACUUCCGUAACUUUCCGUUUCUCCGAAGGACUCGGCGCGGUGGUAGCGGGGACCCGGCAUGGCUGACUUUGCGAGCAGCGGCGAUGAGGUCAUCGCCACCACAGGGAAGCCGAGUGCCGUGGAGCAGCAGAGCGUGGUGUCCCGUGCGGGCAGCCUGCCCCUGGUAAGCUCCGCCUGUGAGGCAGUGCUGGGUGCCUACAGCACCACCAAGGACAGCGUUCCCCUGCUGCGCGGGGUCGUGAACGUGGCGGAGAGUGGGGUCCGUACCCUUGGUGCGGCUGUCGCCACCGGCUCCAAACCCCUCCUGGACAUGCUGGAGCCUGAGAUCGCCGUGGUAAACAGUUACGCCAUGAAGGGGCUAGACAAGGUGGAGCAAAGCUUUCCCAUCCUGCAGCAGCCCGCCGACAAGCUGGUGUCGGACACGGUGGGGAUGGUGUGCCAGUCCGUGUCUGGGGCAAAGGAGGCGAUGACAGGGGCGGUGAAGGCCGCGGUGACGGGCGGCAUGGAUCUGACCCGAGCCGCCGUCAGUGGGGGCAUCAGCACGGUGCUGGGGUCCCGCGUGGGCCAGAUGGUGAGCAGCGGGGUGGGACUGGCCAUCAGCCGCUCAGAGGACUGGGUGGAACAGAACCUGCCCAUAAGCGAGAAGGAGUUGGCUGCUCUGGCGGAGCCCCCCCCAGCAGAGGAGGCUCAGGCCUUGGAGAGCUUCUCCUCCUCCACCUCCUCCAGCCCCAGCUACUUUGUACGCUUGGGCAUGCUGUCAUCCAAGGUGCAAGACCGGGCGCUGGAGCAGUCGGUGGGCAAGGCCCGGCGAGCCCGCGACGCCACGCACACCGCCCUCAGCCAGAUAGCCAGCACCCUGGACCUGCUGGAAGGCUCGCGGUCCGCCCUGGCCUCUGCCGGCAGCCAGCUGGUGGGGGCACGGGAGCAGCUGCUGCAGCGCUGGGCAGAGUGGCAGGAGGGGCAGGGGGUGACGGAGAGCGCCAAGGAGCAGGGGGAGCUGGAGUCACGCGCCCUCUCCAUGGUGCGCGGUCUGAGUGUGCAGGUGCGCACGGCAUGUGCUGGUGUGGUGUCCAGUGCGCAGGGCCUCCCCAGCGCCGUGCAGGAGCAGCUGUCCAGCGCGAGGCGAGCGGCCGACGAGCUGCACUCCUCCCUCCGUGACACCAGCGUCCUCUCCCCCCCCCUCCUGGAGCAGAGCCGCCAGCAGCUGACGCAGAUUCGGCAGUCUCUAGAUGGCGUUGUGGAGUAUUUUCUUCACAAUACGCCUCUCAAUUGGUUAGUCGGGCCCUUUGCUCCUCUCAUCACGGAGAAGGCUGAGGAGGUGCAGCAGGGGGAGGACUGAAACACCCACCCAUUCCGGACUUCUGUGUUUCCACUUUUGGAGGGGGGGAAAUGUGGACGAGUCUCCCCUUGGCAGAUAAAUGCAGUGGGGGUCACUUUCAAUAUCGAGGGCGUCAGCUGGUUUUGUAGGCCAAGAUAGCCAAUGGUGAAAUAAUUUAUGCUGAGGCAAACGGUAAAAAAUAUGCACAGGAGGAUAUUCAGGAGGAUAUUCGGCAAAGCUCUGGAUCAUUUUUAAGCCAGGUUUCACACUGCGGUGGCUGGGGAUAGCUUUUCUGCAGACGUAUACGGCUGUUUGUCUUUCUAUGUGGUAUAUUUCCGCAAAGAUUUAUGAACAAACCCUACAAUAAAAAGGCACUUAAAACUAUUCACCUGGAAUUUAAACAUGUUUGUUCGGCCCUUAAGACCUUUAAUUAUAUAAUAUGUAUUACAUAUGUCGUGCUUCUCAGCUGGUUUGGUCUCAGGACUCGCAUUAUUCCUUGGUCAGUAAAUCACUACUUCACGGUAAAAGCUGUCGAAUGUCGCGACCCACUGAAAUACCCCGACAUACAGGAUACUUAUAUAUUUUAAAGGGAAUCAUAUAAUAAAAAAAGUUGAUUAAGAAGUACUCCCCCCGCCCCCCGUGCGGGGGGGGGGGGGGGGGGGGGGGGCUUACACAGUGACAAAGACGGCAUUGUGUGAAUCGUGUGUUUGUCCACGACAAAUGUAGCUUCGCAAAAUGCACUCGCUCGAUUUGCAGGCUGCGUCUUACUGAACGCAACUCGGUCCUCUGAACGUGCAAAGAGGAAAAUAAGCAAAGGCAGGGAAAGCCAUUUUCUCAGUAGCAGAUUUCACACAACAUUCAUUAUGUGAUUCUCUUUGGCUUCAUACAAAGACUCAUAUACAAGAGAGAAUUUUAUUUAAAAAAAAAGGGGGGGGGUGUGAGGGUCCUUACUGGCAGGAAUGAGUUUUUUCAUCCAUUUCUCAUUUUCAAUCAGGUACUAUUCUUUGGUUCAGUUAUGCUUUUAUUAUAUUUACAGAUACCUUUUUGAUGGAGAGUAUAGCUUAGUGUUUAUCUUACUGUGUGUGCUGCCUAACCUGGCAAUGUAGCUAAUAUCAAUGCUGCAGGGCUGGUGCUCUUGUGUCAGUCUGUAUUACACUGAUAUCACAAAGCCAAAAUCUCAUCUGUCCUUUGUUGACUACAAACCUACAAUCAAUCCAAUUGAUUUUUUUUUAAUCAUAUACAUUUAAAGUAGCCUGUCUCUUUAUUAUUAACAGUAUUUGUCUUUAGAUAAUGAAAAUUUUAAUCUCAGGGCCUUUUUUAAUUUUUAUUUUAGAUAUUUUUGCUUGUCAAUUUUGUAUGGUAUAGUUAUGAGAUUAUGGCUGUCUAAUACCAGUGAUGAUGUUAAUGAUUUGUAGAUCAAUUUGUGUGGGACCAUUUUGCAUGUAAAAUGUCAUAACCAAGCCCUGUAUCAUCCUUGAAUGUCUUGUCUGCUUCCUAAAUUCUGGGUUCUUCCUCUGAAAGGAUCAUCGAUGCAAAACGUGGCACUAAAACUGCAAUAAAUUAUGUGUUAUAAGCUACAAAACCA